AUGGAAAAGCUAUUGUCAUCAAUUGGGAAAUUAAGUGUAGUUGCAGGUGGGUUGAGUUUAAUUCCAUACACAUUCGUUUAUGAUGUAGAUGGAGGAGAAAGGUGUGUUAUGUUUAAUCGAUUUGGAGGUGUAAGUGAAAACACAUAUGGGGAGGGAAGCCAUUUCUAUAUCCCAUGGUUUCAAACUCCUUAUAUUUAUGACAUUAAAAUGAAACCUAAAGUAAUAAAUACGACAACUGGAACGAGAGACUUACAAAUUGUUACCCUGAGUUUGAGGUUACUCUUUAGACCCCAUACAAAAAAAUUGCCAUAUUUACAUAGUACUUUAGGACCAGAUUAUGAUGAACGUGUUUUACCAUCCAUUGGAAAUGAAGUUCUUAAAGCAGUUGUUGCAAAGUAUAAUGCAGAAUCACUUUUAACGCAGAGAGAUAAAAUAUCGAAAGAAAUAAGGGAGAGUAUAACAGCAAGAGCUAAACAUUUUAAUAUUUUAUUAGAUGAUGUAGCUAUUACACAUUUAAGUUAUGGAAAAGAAUUUGCAAAAGCUAUUGAAGAUAAGCAGGUGGCUCAACAAGAAAGUGAACGUGUGAAAUUUAUUGUUGCGAAAACAGAACAAGAAAAAAUUGCAGCCGUUAUUAAAGCUCAAGGAGAAGCAGAAGCAGCUAAAUUAAUUUCCACAGCUGUUAAAGAAUAUGGAAAUAGUUUGCUCGAAAUUCGAAAAUUAGAAGCAGCAAAAGAAAUAGCUGAAAAUUUAAGUAAAUCCAAAAAUGUUACUUAUUUUCCAGCAACUUCAAAUAUUUUGCUGAAUCCGAAGAAUUUGUAG